UGAUCCCUCUCGGCACCCUUACCCACGCUGUGCUCUGUGUGUUCAGUUCAGGUGGAGUUUAGCUAGGUUAGGCUAACCUGGUUUACCUGAUUGUGGUGUUUUAUUUAUUGUAUGUUCUGUGUGUUCAGUGUUGAGGAUGGACAGUUGGAGCUGUAGAGAGAUGCCGCAGAUCGUCCCCGGACAGUUUGACGACGCGGAGGAAUCUGGAAGUGACUCAGAACUCAGUCAGAGCACAGACAAACCUGCAACACUGGAGACCAAACUCAGUGGAGUGAACCUGCAGCCCUCACCCAUUAAACCUCUACAGCAGGGCGGUGAUAUUGCUGCUGAUGAUGAUGUAGAUGAAGAUGAUGAUGAUGAUGAAGAUGAUGAAGAUGAUGAUGACUAUGAUGAAUGGGACUGGAGUGGGUCAUCUGGAGGGAAUAUUACUAAACGCUACACUGCAGUGAGGACUGGAAGCAAUCCACAGGCUAAUCGACAGGGUUCAAAAUCUGACAAGAUGUCUACACCAUCAGACAAAGUCCUGAGGAAGUUUGAACACAAAAUAAAUCUGGAUAAACUGAACUAUGCUGAUUCUGUGAUCAACAAAGUCACGGUGAUGCAGAAACAACGAGAUUCAGACACGUAUCGAGUAAAGGAUAAGUCAGACAGAGCUACAGUGGAACAGGUCUUGGAUCCCAGAACCCGUAUGAUUCUUUUCAAAAUGCUCAGCAGAGGUGUCAUUUCUGAGAUCAACGGAUGCAUCAGCACAGGCAAAGAGGCAAAUGUUUACCAUGCAACCACAGCCAAGGGAGAAAGUCGAGCUAUUAAGAUUUACAAGACCUCCAUUCUGCUUUUCAAGGACAGAGAUAAAUACGUCAGUGGAGAGUUCAGGUUUCGGCACGGCUACUGCAAAGGCAACCCGAGGAAAAUGGUUCGGACCUGGGCGGAGAAGGAGAUGAGGAAUUUAAUCAGGCUUCAGACAGCAGGGAUUCCAAGCCCAGAGCCUAUCAUGCUGCGGAGCCACGUUCUGGUCAUGGGCUUCAUUGGAAAAGAUGACAUGCCUGCUCCAUUACUGAAGAAUGCUGCACUGUCUGAAUCUAAAGCACGAGAACUGUAUCUGCAGAUCAUUCAGAACAUGAGGCUGAUGUAUCAGGACGCUCGGCUGGUCCAUGCUGACCUCAGCGAGUUUAACAUGCUGUAUCAUGAUGGAGACUCCUACAUUAUAGACGUGUCCCAGUCUGUGGAGCAUGACCAUCCUCACGCCUUGGAGUUUCUACGCAAGGACUGCAGCAAUGUCAACGACUUCUUCCAGAAGCAUAACGUUGCUGUGAUGACCGUACGAGAGCUGUUCGAGUUCGUCACAGACCCCUCCAUCACAAGUGAAAACAUCAACCAGUAUCUAGAUAAGGCAAUGGAGAUCGCUUCUGAAAGAACCUCAGAGGAAAGAUCCAACCAAGACAAAGUGGAUGAUGAGGUGUUUAAGAAGGCCUACAUUCCCCGCACUCUUAAUGAAGUGAGUCAUUACGAACGGGACGUGGACACCAUGAUGAAGAAGGAGCAGGAGUCCUCCGAGGAUGUUCAGGAUGACCGCAUCCUGUACCAGACGGUGACGGGCAUGAGGAAGAACCUUUCGGGUGUGCAGACGGUUCCAUCAUUGUUGGAGGACUGUGCUGAAGACGGGGACUCCAGCAGUGAUGAAGAUGAGGAUGAGGAGGAGGACUCUGAAGCAGAGGAUGCGGAAGAAAAGAGUGACACAGACAACACACAACCACUGGACAAAAAGGAACGAAAGAAACAGGUAAAAGAAGCUCAGAGGGAGAAGCGGAAAAGCAAAGUGCCAAAGCAUGUAAAGAAACGCAAGGAGAAAGUUUCCAAGAUGAAGAAAGGAAAAUGAGAAGAGUGAGAAGAGUC